AUGAGCGAGGGAGGCGCUGUGUUGGAGGCUGCGGCGCGCGGGGACGUCGGCCGAGUGGCCAGCCUGGUGCGGGCCGGGGCCACUCAACACACAGACGAGGUACCUACCACCUACAACCUACCACUCAUCAUUCACCCAGUGAAGGCGCUAGGGGGGGGGGGCACGAUGGGGCGACGGACCAGGGUGCCAAAUUUGGGGGGCGAUUAG